AUCGACCAAAUUGAUUCGUCCGGUUGUUCGUGAAAGAAGGCGGAAGGCUAAACAGUAUUUGUAAUAUAUACUUGGUAAUAAUUCGAAGAUUGUGAAAAAACUACAGGCAAAAUGGCUUCUGGAGUUACUGUGUCCGAUGUCUGCAAGACUACAUACGAGGAAAUAAAGAAGGACAAAAAACAUCGCUAUGUCAUUUUCUUCAUUCGCGAUGAGAAGCAAAUCGAUGUUGAGACUGUGGCCGAUCGCAACGCCGAAUACGAUCAGUUUCUAGAGGACAUUCAGAAAUGCGGACCUGGCGAAUGCCGAUAUGGCUUGUUCGAUUUUGAAUACAUGCACCAAUGUCAAGGCACAUCUGAGAGUUCAAAGAAGCAAAAGCUGUUCCUUAUGUCGUGGUGUCCCGAUACUGCCAAGGUCAAGAAGAAGAUGUUGUACUCCAGCUCGUUCGAUGCUCUGAAGAAGUCGCUGGUUGGCGUGCAAAAGUACAUACAAGCCACUGAUCUGUCCGAAGCCUCCCGUGAAGCCGUUGAGGAGAAGCUUCGGGCCACUGACCGCCAAUAAACACUGUACAAGGAGCAGGAGCACUGUGCAUUGCAUUUAACAAACAACAACAAGGCAUGCAUGAAACAGCGAUGAAACCAACACACCCAACGUAUCCUGUUGAGAUCGCCAAUUUGUAUGAGAAUUUUCUACAUAAUUUGUAUUUUCAGUAGAAAUAAAGAAAAUGAAAUAUUUAACUUGA